UAAGAUAUCAAAUUAAAACACCGAGCGUCAGAAUCAUCAGGACUGGAGACGCUGUGGAUCUGUGCUGUGAUAAAAAUCACAGGGACAAAACUAUGUGGUACGGACAGAAAUACAACAGGGCACCAUUUAUCAUAAUUUCAGCUGAGAUGACCUCAGGACACAAGGAACGUCCACCUAUCAAGUUCUACUGGGGCUACAACUCACGAAUUAAUGUCACAUGGAAUCCAACAAACAACUCAAUCUGUUUGACCAUUAAGAACAUCAACGAGUCUGAUGAGGGAUUCUACUUCUGUACAAUUGGAGAUGGCAUCUUUACUACUCCAGGAACUGGUCACAUUCUUAAAUUAGAAGAGCCUUUGGAAACCUUCACUCCAACCCCUGUGAGCACCGCUGGACAGAUGAGUUCUUCUGGAGAGAGUGGGCAGUGUGGAAUAGUUUGGACUUUGGUGAGCAUUGUGUGCUCUCUGAGCAUCCUUUUAACUGCACUGGUGCUUUUGAUCAUCCAGAAGAAAAGGGGAAGACGCACUGGAACAUCACAAACUGGACAGCGAAUGCGACAAGUUGAGAAGCUGGAGGAGACUGAAGUGCAGUACAGUGCGCUGCAUUUCUCAAACCCUAAAUGAACCAAAGAGAUGGCGUAGUCAGACACAGAAACUGAC